CUGAAUCGAUCGGGAUCUUCUCUGAACACCGGCGGUCAACGCCGCGAACACAGAUGUUUGUUUAACGACCUCUUCUCUCCGCGAUCUUUACCUCAACAACGAGAUCUGUUUCCACGAGAAAAGGAGGAUGUCGACGCCAGCAAGGAAGAGGUUGAUGAGGGAUUUCAAGAGGUUGCAGCAAGACCCACCUGCGGGUAUUAGUGGUGCUCCACAGGACAACAAUAUCAUGCUCUGGAAUGCUGUCAUAUUUGGGCCUGAUGACACACCAUGGGAUGGAGGUACUUUCAAACUCUCACUGCAGUUCUCUGAAGAUUAUCCAAAUAAACCACCAACAGUUCGGUUUGUGUCACGGAUGUUCCAUCCAAAUAUUUAUGCAGAUGGGAGUAUCUGCUUGGACAUUCUACAAAACCAGUGGAGUCCAAUAUAUGAUGUUGCUGCUAUACUUACCUCCAUCCAGUCCUUGCUCUGUGACCCUAAUCCGAAUUCUCCUGCAAACUCGGAAGCUGCUCGGAUGUACAGCGAAAGCAAGCGCGAGUACAACAGAAGAGUGCGUGAUGUUGUUGAGCAAAGCUGGACUGCUGACUAGUAGUAGUUUGAUGUAAGCGUUGUAGCUCUGUCUCCUUUCUCUCAAUCACGAUUCAGCAAAACAGCUUUCUUCUCUUUUCAUUCAUGUCUUGUGUGUCCGAAACUAUUUAAGUGAUUCAAUGCUUUGAUGGUUGGUUCUAUGUAACUCAACAUCCUUUUAAAAAACAACUUUGUACCAA